AUGAAGCUCCUCACCCACAAUUUCAUGUCUUCUCGCUUCCUGAAAGGGGUUAAUGAAGGCUAUCCACUGCGUCUUCACGUAACGAAAAUGGAAAAUCGCGACGUUGAGUUCAAUGCGGAGUUCGUCAAGAAUAUCAUGUCGAAGGUAAAUCGGAGAUUUCUUAAGGGAUCACUUAAGAGUUCCUACAUUUUUUUAAACAUUCUCAAUCUUCUAUCAAUUUAAGGCAGUUGGGCGUUCAAAAAAUCCUGUUUCGCUUGCUCAUUUAAUAAAAAACUUUCAAAAUCUCUUAAAUGAAUUUUUGAUCAAUAAGAAACUUUCAGUGCGACUACGGAGCCCUGAGAACAGCUUGCGAGUCGAUCAACGAAGCUUCCAAACUGCCGGCAAACCUUCCCGAUGACCUGUCUGAACAUGACGAUAUCCUGCGCGAGGUUCUUUUUUCAUAUAUUUGAAAUGGGCGAUAAUUUAAUAGAUAAUGAUAAUGAUUAUAAUAAGAUUAUUGAAAUGAGGCUUCAGCUUCACCGUGUCUUGUUCUGCAUCGAGGUGAUCGAGGGUGAACUCGAGUGCCCGGACACCGGCCGCCGUUUCCCCAUCCACGACUCGAUUCCCAACCUCCUCGUCGAGGAUAAUGAGGUUGUUGAAUUUUCGAACUUUCAUUCCACUCAAUCAGAAAAGGCCUUGAAAAUUAUUCAAGAAGUUUGAAACGAGAAUUUGAGUAGAUUUUAACAUACCUUCAAAGUUGUGGAUUGACUCCUUUUGAGCUUCAGUCUUUUCAAUUUUAAAAACGAUUUUUUUUGUUUAAAAAGAAAAAUACGCGAAUCUAGCAAUGAAGAAGAGUAGGUUUUAAAAGGUAACGGUGAUUUACGCGCGAAUUUAGAAUUUUGGGUCAUUUGAUUCUUUUUUAAGUCCAAAUUUCGAGUUUCCCGGGCAAAUGUCCCGAUCGUCGUUUAGGACCUUAUUUUCUAAACCUAAUUAUCACCACUCUGUUGGUUUGAAACACCGAAUUUUUUAGCUCAAAAAAAAGGUAAUUUCAGUAGUAGAGCUAUUGCGUAACUCUGCUCAACAGGCAAAAAGUGCAUAAAAUUGCAAAAUUCAAAAAAAAAUCCGUUAAAAUUUUUUUUUUUAGAAUCGUGUGUGUAAGAUGUAUUGAAAGAGAAAGAAGGAGGUUUGAAAAAAUCGGUGUUAAGAAAAUGAUAAAUUUUUUCGGUUGUACUGAAGAGAAUAUAAAGGGAAAUUAUAUUCGAUUUGAACGAAACCCCCAGAAAAAAAGUUAGAAAAUAACGCCUGAUCACACUAGGAACACGACGAAAAAAAGCAAGUUGGAAUCGAGAAAAGUUUUCAUCCAAAAAAUCCUAUUUUUUCGUUUUUUUAGUUUCACACUUUUCAGUGA